AUGUCAGUGGGAAAAACAUCUAUAUGUGAAUAUUAUAAAACAAAAAAUUUUGUAAAAAAUCGUCCUAAUACUAUAGGAGUAACAUAUUUUGAAUUUGAUAUAAAAUUAGAAAAUAAUUAAAAUAUUCAUUUAGAUAUUUGGGAUACUGCAGGUUAAGAAGUUUAUUAAUCACUUUUAAAGUUAUAUUAUUAAGAUGCCAAUAUUGUUUUUUUAGUUUUUGAUUUAUUUAAAUUUUAUAUAACAGAACAAAUUAUUGCCAUGGGUUAUUUAGUCUAUAACUAUGAAAAACAUAUAGAAAUUCAAUAUCAUUGGUUAAGUAAAGAUUCUAAAAAUGUUGCUGCUAUUCAUUGUAAAGCUGGAAAGGGUAGAACUGGAGUUAUGAUAUGUUGCUAUUUAAUGUAUAGUAAAUAUUUUAAUACGGCUUAUGAUGCUUUAAGAUAUUAUGGGAUAAUGAGAACUAAGAAUAAUAAGGAACCUUUCUUUACUAUUAAUAAUAAAUCUUCUGAAUAUAAUUCAUUAGACUAUAAAUUGCUUGGACCAGUUGGCAAAGGUGCAGCUAGUUUUGUUAUUAAAGUCUAAUCUCAUAAAACACAAUAAAAAUUUGCAAUAAAAGUAAUUGAUAAAAAAGACAAAAAUUACAAAGCAGCACAAUAAAGAUUAAAAAAUGAAAUAGAAGUACAUUUUGAAUUAAAUCAUAAUAAUAUUGUAAAACUGAUUAAAAAUUUUGAAGAUAAAGAUAAUCAUUAUUUAAUGUUGGAAUAUUGUGAAAGAGGAGAUUUAUAUUAAUAUUUAAAGCAUAAAAAAGUUUUAGAUGAGUAAGAAGCUAAACAAAUAUCCUAUGAAUUAGCUCAAGGACUUAAAUAUUUACAUCAUAACUAAAUAAUACAUAGAGAUUUAAAAUUAGGAAAUAUUUUACUUACGAGUGAAAACGCAGUAAAGAUUUGUGAUUUUGGACUUGCAGCGAAAUUAAAUGGUAAUCAGUAAGAAAAAAAUACAAUUUGUGGUACUCCAAACUAUAUUUCUCCAGAGAUUAUUAAUAGAUAACCUUAUGGAAUGAAGAUUGAUUGUUGGUCUUUUGGAUGCAUAUUAUAUGCUUUAGUUACUGGAGGACCACCUUUUGAAGGAGAAAAUGUUUUAAGUACUUUAAGAAAUGUUACUUCUUAAAGCAAAUUAAAUUUUCCAAAUAAUAUAUCUAAGGAAUUAAAAGAUUUGUUAUAAAAUAUUAUUAAUUGGAAUUAAGAUUAAAGAUAUAAUAUUGAUUAAAUAUUGAUGCAUGAGUUUUAUGAUGAGAUAAGAGAAAAAGAGAAAAACAGCCCAAAUGAUGAAUAAUUAACUUUUUUUAAUAGUAUUAGAAGUGUGAAAUAAGAUAAAAGUAUA